AUCUGUGCUUGUGCUAUUGAAAUUGAAAUAUUUAUUUACAAAAUGGUUCAUUUGACCUAAUUUAAAAAAGUGAUAAAAAGCAAAUAAUGUGAUAUUAAAAGUUGGUAUUUUAUUUUGAAUGUAUAUAAGGACAUUAGUCUCCCGAUUAUGGAUACUCAACAGAAGGCAGUUAAUGAAGAACUGAACGCAAAUUCGAUUGAUACUCUAUUAAGUCAUAUAGAAAUAUCGGUCUCUGAAUCGGAAAAACGGACCAAUGGCGCUUUAAACUUAAAGGAUUAUUUCACUGUGUACUUGAUUGAAACCAGGAUUAUUGAUCCUAAUUUUGAGAGCGAACUCUUGAAACUUUCGACAAUAUGGAGAAGAUACACAGAAUUUGAGCAGCUUAGGAAUUAUUUGGAAAUUACUUACCCUUAUAUAGUUUUGCCACCACUGCCUGAAAAACGGGUGUUAUUUGGUUGGCAAAAAAUAUCCAAUGAUACAUUUGACCCAAAUUUUAUAGACAGACGUCGAGCAGGCUUGGAAAAUUUUUUGUUGAGAGUGGCGUCACAUCAAAUUCUUGGCUGGGAUAAACAUUUCAUAGAAUUCUUGCAAGAUGAGGAUGGUUGGAAGGAAUCUUUAAAAGCAAAUGGUUAUUUGCAGGUUAUAGAAAAUAAACUCAAGUUUAUUAACGUAUCAAUAAGACUGAAACGCCCGGAUGCACAAUUUGAAAAUAUCAAGGAAUACAGCCAGUCAUUGCAUUCAAACCUCACCAACCUUUUAAAAGUGAGGUGCCGUGUGGCGGAGAAACAAUAUAAUGUGCAUAAGCUACAUGCAAAUUAUGGAAGGGUCUUUAGCGAAUGGAGCGCCAGUGAAAAAGAAAUGGGAGAUGCCCUUCAAAAAACUGGACAUUAUUUGGAUUCAUUUGCUUCUUGUAUUGAUGCAGCUUUGGAAGAGGAAGAAUUGUUGGCUGACCAGCUAAAGGAAUACUUAUUUUUUGCUAAUUCAUUAGAAUCAGUAUGCAGGAAUCACGAGAUGUUACAGUUAGAGCUGGAAGACUCUGAAGAGAAUUUGGCCAGUAAGAAUAUAGAGAGGGCGAAAGUGCAGCAAGGUAAAACUGGACUGAUGUCUAGAUUGUUUGGUGCUGUUGACACUGAGGAAGUCAAAGAGUUUAAACUUGGGAACUUAGACCAGCAGAUACAAACCGGGGCGGUAGCUGUUAACAACAACAGAGAGGUUUUGAGCAUUUUCACCACUCAAGCUUUGAGUGAUAUAGAAAGGUUUAGGGGACAAAAGCUGCGUGAUUUGCGAGAAACAUUGGCCGGCUAUGCAUUUUUGCAGCUAAAAACUGCUAAAAAGGGUCUACAAACAUGGACACAGAUCCGUGACUGUCUGGAAACUAUUCCAUGAAAUGCUCAGUAUUUAAUAAUCAUAUUUUUGUAUCAUUUACCUUUUAUUUGUUAGUAUAUUAGCAGUGAAGAUGUAUCACAAAUAGAGAUAAAAAAGAUAUUCUAAUAAUAAUAUGACGUUCAGUGUUAUUUAUACAUAUUUUAUUAUUGAUUUUAAUCUGUUACACCAAAUAUUUAUGUAUUACUUAAACAUUCCACUACUGUUGUAUUCGAUGAAAUAUUUUGUUUUAGUAUUGUGAUAUAACUUUUUUUUUUUGCUGUUAAGAGUUGUUACAACCCAUAACUAUUUAAUAAUUAAAGCACUGUUUUUAAAAGAUGUAAUUUUAUUUUUCAAGGAUCAAUUAAGACAAAAAAAAAUUAUACCUGCCUU